AGUUAUAGUGAACAUCAUCCACAGUGGCCAGGGGUCCCAUUCAAGGACAAUACGUUUUCUGAAUGUGGCUUUUGACAGUUCUGGAGAUUCUCUCCUCGCUGCAGACCAACAAGGGAAUAUAUAUGUUUUUGACUUGAUUGGCAACAGGUUCACCCUUGUCCAGCGUACAAUGCAGGCUUGCACUGCUUUGGCAUUUAAUCUUCGCAGGAAGACAGAGUUCCUGGUGGCCUUGGCAGAUAAUUCUAUUAAGUGCUUUGACAUAGAAACCAAGGAGCUAGUUAGUUGGAUGAGAGGACAUCAUUCUUCAGUGUCUUCCAUCUCUGUCCAUGGCUCAGGCAAGUAUGCCAUCACUACAUCCACUGAUACAGCACAACUGUGGGACUUGGACACCUUUGAGAGGAAAAGGAAGCUGAAUAUUCGUCAGUCUGUGGGUAUACAGAAGGUGUUUUUUCUUCCAUUGAGUAACACCAUUCUCAGCUGUUUCAAAGAUAAUUCUGUUUUUGCAUGGGAUUUUGAUACUCUUCACUGUAAAUACAAGUUGCCAACUCCUGUAGAAGGUUCUGUAUUCCUUUAUAAGGUGUUUGCAGUUACCAGAGAUGGACAGAUUUUUGUAGCUGGUGGAAAAUCGAAUCACCUUCACCUAUGGUGUUCAGAAUCAAAGCAGCUGAUAAGAAUAAUCCAGAUGCCUGCGAAGGUGCGAGCUGUCCGUCAUCUCGAAUUCCUUCCUGACAGCUUCGAUGGGGGCUCCAAUCAGGUCCUUGGAGUGUUAAGUCAAGAUAAUAUUAUGAGAUUUAUCAAUAUAGAAACAUGCGAACUUCUCUUUGAGAUUGGGAGUCCUGAGGAGGGAAUCAGUACAGCGGCGAUAAGCCCCAAUGGACGGUACAUUGCAUCAGUAAUGGACAAUGGUAGCCUGAACUUGUACAGUGUCCAAGCUUUGACUCAAGAAGGAAAUAAGCCUCCACCGUCCACGUUCAGAGCUGUUCAAGAUGAGUCCAAGUGCACAUCAGAAGCAAAUAAACUGACAAUGAAAGUGACUUCAGGAAGGUCAGAAGGGCCUUGGAAAUCCAGAGGAAGCAAAAUUCAAACCAGAUUGCUAACACUGCAAGCAAACACAUCACUUGAAAAUAAAGAGAAUGAGCUGCCAGGUGGAUUAAACAAGAAACGUCUGCAGGCCUUACUGAAAGGAUUUGGAGAAUAUCCAGCUAAGUACAGGAUGUUUGUUUGGCGUUCCUUAUUACAACUUCCUGAAAACCACUUGGCAUUCAGCAGCCUAAUAGAUAAGGGAACCCACUGUGCAUUCGUGAAUAUCCAGAAAGAGUAUCCCAUCAAAAGUAGGAAACUGCUGAGAGUUUUACAGAGGACUUUAUCAGCUCUAGCUCAUUGGUCUGCUAUCUUUGCUGAGACACCUUAUAUGCCCUUGCUAGCAUUCCCAUUUGUAAAAUUAUUCCAGAACAACCAGCUGAUCUGCUUUGAAGUUGUUGCUACAGUAGUAGUUAAUUUUUGUCAACACUGGUUUGAGUAUUUUCCCAAUCCUCCAGUUAAUAUCCUUAGUAUGAUGGAAAAUGUUUUGGCACAUCACGACAAAGAACUACUUCAACAUUUAAUAAAACACAGUGUGACUUCACAGGUUUAUGCUUGGCCUCUCCUAGAAACACUGUUCUCUGAGGUUCUAACAAGAGAAGAAUGGCUGAAAGUCUUUGACAAUAUCUUCUCCAACCAUCCUUCAUACUUCCUAAUGGUUGCUGUUGCCUACAUUAUAUGUUCCAGAGGUCCUUUGCUUCACUGCAGUCAGGCAGCGGAUUUUGAGUAUUUCUUUCAUCAUCGUAACAACCUGGACAUUAAUGUAGUGAUUAAGGAAGCUUAUCGUCUUACGGAGGCUACACCACUAGACAUCCAUCCACAGCGAAUGCUCGAUGACUUCAUGCCACUUACGAAAGGACAGUACCCUGUAUUUAAUAAAUAUCCCCAGUUCAUUGUGGAUUAUCAAGCUCAGGAGCGGGAGAGGAUCAGACAGGAGGAAAUUGAAUACUUGCGAGAGAGACAGUUAGCACAUGAAUUAGAGGCUAAAGCCCAGGAACAGAAGGCAGAAGAUGAAGCCUGGUAUCAGAAGCAGAAAUUACUCCAAGAAGCUGAAGAACAGAGGCGAAAAAUGCUACUGGAAGAAGAGGAGAAGUUGGCAGAACAGAGGCAGAGACUCACUGCUUUGAAAAGAGAACUGAAAGUAAAGGAACUGCAACUUCUAGACACUUCAAGAAGGCGUUUCCUGAACUACCAGCAAGAUCAGCGUCAAAUGGAACUGAAGCGUCUCGAUGAUGAAAUUGCAAGAAAGGCAUCCCUGAGAGAGCAGGAAACGGCUGCUACUGUUCAAGAUAUAGAAGUACAACGGUUGGAACUUGAAUCACAAAGACAACUGUUUGAGCAGCAUCUCAUCAAAGAUCAAGUGGCAGUGACAAAGGAAAUGAACAAAGAGGUGGAUGCCCAUCAAAGAAAGGUGGAUCUGGAAGAUCGUCGUGUUCAGAGAUUGAUGGAAAUAGAUAGAGAAGAAAAAGAGAAAGCUCAGAUAGUGGCUGAAGACAAUUUAGCCAAAGCAGAGCAGAAGCUCAUUGACACUGAGUGGAGGUUGCAAGUGCUGCAUAGACUAAGGCACGAUGACCAGGACCACGAGAGGCGUUACGAAGAGAUAGCCAAACUUCUGCAUGACAACAGGGUGAAGGAAGCUGAACUGCUGAAGGCCAUGAGGGAGGCAGAAGAAAAAAAGAAAGAGGCUGCUACCCACAGAAUAGCUCAACUGGAGGAAGAGCAGAAAGAGGCUGCUACUGCAGAUGAGCGCAGGAAGCAGUUCCUAGAUGACAGAAUGAACGAUGCAUUGGGACUGGAUGAGGAGCUGCAAAGGGAAGAUGGAUGUUUUGAGAGACUGCGUGAUCUAAAGGCUGGAUGUGCAGAGAGAGGGGUAAAAGUCCAACAGGUGCCAAGGUCUGAAAACACCUGUCUGAAUGAUUUGUCUGCAUUAGUCUCAUCACCACACAUGUCUUUAGACAGAAGACGAGAGGAGCUGGCGCGCCGAGAGCAGGAGCUGAUGGCAGAGGUCAGGAGGCUCAGACGAAAGCUCAUUACCUCACAGACUCGAACCACAUCCUCAUUUCCCACCUACAACGUGGACACCAUGAGCAGGAGCGGGAACUGUACCAGCUCCCGGUCCCUGGUGCACUGCCCCAUCCCCAGAAUCGCCCGAGGACGCCUGCCAAAGGGCGUCAAAAACAGCUGCACAAACCCUUCCCGUGAGCCGCAGCCAGGGACGGCAGCGCCUCGGCCUGGACCUGCAGCUCCGAGCCCGGGAGCAAAAGAGCUGCCCGCCUUUGCCCCGUGUGAGGAUCGAACUCACGACCUUCAGAUUAUGAGACUGACGCGCUACCUACUGCGCUAA